AUUAGGUGGCCAACCUCUCACCAUGGAUUUAGAAUCCCCCGAUCACUGUGCCCGCUAUGCUUCAAAAUCUCUCCUUUUAUUAACACUUCAAUAAACAAAUAUCAACACGGCACUUAAUUUAAUAGACUUUUAUCCAAUUCAUCAAAGAAAAGUAGACAUUAACUGGAAAAAAAAAUAUCCCAGUCCUCAUUUUGUGUCGCAAAGAAGCAGUGGUUGCUAGCUUGUCUGUUAUCAGCUUAGCUUUGAUUGCUUGAUAAUCAAAAACCAGAGGGGAGUUAGGCCAACGGUUAGCAAAAGAAAAAAGAAAGAAAGCUUACUCCCUUGAUAUCAAAGCAAAGCUCUUUUGGCUUUUGCAGUUGAUUCUUGGUCACCAUCUGAAACCCAACCUUCACCUUCCUGUCAUAUUCACUCCACAACCAUCUCUCUAACUUCCUUUCUCUAUGUUGCCCUCCAAGCUUAAAUAAAUGCCCACUUCAGUUUUUCCACUUUGGUGUGUUUUUUGUGUUCUUGGUUAAAGCUAUAAGGUUUUUGAGGGAAAAGUCCUGGUCUAUUGAUAAAAUACCCUUUUUAAGUUUCGAACGGUUGUAAAGUUUGAUGGUAUGUAUUUCUAUUUCUUUUUCUUUUUGGUCAAGAUUGAAGCCCCGAGAGAUUCUAAAACUGGUGCAAACCAAGUAGUGUUCUUCAAUCGAGGAGCUGUAUCGAACAUGAAGAAGCUAUAGUUUGUUUGUGCUUCAAGGUUGAGCCAGUCGGUUAAAAUAUAGUGUUGUUAACUUUCAAGAAAUUGGAGCCAUCUCUGGCCACACCAUGCUCUGGUAUUUGCCUUUUUGCCUUGCUGAAAUCUAAAGCUUUCAAUCAAAACUUGCUGUUUGUCUACUCUGUCUGAUACCCAAUAAUAGAAAUUUUGUGAUUUCUAUAUUAGUGCCAUAUAUAGAAUUCAUGCUGGCGUUCGAAUUCCAGAUAACCCUGAAAACCAUCUCAUUAUUUGAGCCAACCAAAGGCUUGUACCUGAAAAUCUCUGCUUAAAACGUUCCCCAUGAAUACGCGGUACUCCUUUCCAACAGAUUCAUUCCGUAGUUCAAGUCCUGCAGCAUCACUUCCAUCAAAUUCUCCAAUAGGAGAAGAGCAUGGAACUGCGUUUCUCAGAAACAGGUCUCCUCGCGUUGCCCCGUCAUCAUUAUUCGUAAGAACAGCGAUGAGAAUAUCUAGAGCAAGAUGGUUCACCUUCUUGAGGAGAGUAUUCCAUUACCAGAAUGGCUCAAGGUCUAAUCUUGGGUCUAAUCCUUUCAAUUCUAGCUCUUGGAUGAUGCUGGAGUUCGUAGCUUUGCUCCUUCAAAUAUGCAUUACCACGUUCACCCUGGCUAUUUCGAAGGCGGAGAACCCUGUUUGGCCUGUGAGAAUAUGGAUUACUGGGUAUAAUAUCGGUUGUGUCCUCAGUCUGCUGCUUCUUUAUGGACGUUACCGGCAACUUAAUGCAACUCAAGGCGAUGGUUUUGGCCUACCCGAUUUGGAGCAACAGGGGGGCAGUGAGGAAUCCAGGUACUCACAUUUGAUGAACAAGUGUCGGGCCUCACUGGAACUCUUCUUUGCGAUAUGGUUUGUGAUGGGUAAUGUUUGGGUCUUCGAUUCUCGUUUUGGAACCUCCUUCCGUGCUCCAAAACUCCAUGUGCUCUGCAUCUUUCUGCUUGCCUGGAAUGCUCUAAGUUACUCAUUUCCAUUUCUGUUGUUUCUACUGCUAUGCUGUUGUGUGCCACUCAUUAGCACUGUCAUUGGCUACAACAUGAGCAUGGGGUCUGCCGAGAGAGGGGCGUCCGAUGACCAAAUAUCCAGACUACCAAGCCGGAGGUACAAAGCUGUUGUCACCGAUUCAGAGUUUCGCAACAGUGUUGAUUGUGAUUCAACCGUUGCAAGUGAAGAUCUGGAAUGCUGUAUAUGCCUAGACAAUUAUAAAGACAUAGAAGAAGUUAGGCAACUGCCAUGCUCCCACAUGUUUCACCUCAAGUGUGUAGAUCAAUGGCUUCGAAUUAUAUCCUGCUGCCCUCUCUGUAAACAAGAACUGGAAAAAUAGAGGGCAAGGCAACAAUAGAGAACUGAAGAUUUUAUCAAGCUUUCUUCACAGUGUGCGAUUCUUAAUUAUUUUUUUUACAAGGUUCUUUUUUUCUUUUUCCCUUUUUUGUGCUAAAAAGAUUAUGUAUUUGUAUGGUUAUUCGAGUGAGUUUUUGGCUUGUACAGAGGAGCUCACCAGUAAUCAUAAAUGUAGAACUCUGUCUUGGGGUUAUAUUUGGCAGUAGAAUGAUAGGAGUGCUUGCUUCCCUGGGGGUAGGGAAUUCUUUCCUCUUCAAGGAUAUAUACCCCAUGAUCUAUACAUGAUUUUUUU